AUGGCAACAAUUAGGUGAAUGAUAUCCAACACUGAGGGUAAAAUAUGCAACAAUGAGGGUAAAAUAUCCCACACUGAGGGUAAAAUAUCCCACACUGAGGGUGUAAUAUCCCACACUGAGGGUGAAAUAUCCCACACUGAGGGUGUAAUAUCCCACACUGAGGGUGUAAUAUCCAACACUGAGGGUGAAAUAUCCCACACUGAGGGUGUUAUAUCCCACACUGAGGGUGAAAUAUCCCACACUGAGGGGGUAAUAUCCCACACUGAGGGUAUGAUAUCCCACACUGAGGGUAAUAUCCCACACUGAGGGUAAUAUCCCACACUGAGGGUGUGAUAUCCAACACUGAGGGUGUGAUAUCCCACACUGAGGGUAAUAUCCCACACUGAGGGUGUAUUAUCCCACACUGAGGGUGUAAUAUCCAACACUGAGGGUGAAAUAUCCCACACUGAGGGUGUAUUAUCCCACACUGAGGGUGAAAUAUCCCACACUGAGGGUGUAUUAUCCCACACUGAGGGUGUAUUAUCCCACACUGAGGGUAAUAUCCCACACUGAGGGUGAAAUAUCCCACACUGAGGGGGUAAUAUCCCACACUGAGGGUGUAUUAUCCCACACUGAGGGUGUAUUAUCCCACACUGAGGGUGAAAUAUCCCACACUGAGGGUGUAAUAUCCCACACUGAGGGUGAAAUAUCCCACACUGAGGGUGAAAUAUCCCACACUGAGGGUGUAUUAUCCCACACUGAGGGUGUAUUAUCCCACACUGAGGGUGUAAUAUCCCACACUGAGGGUGAAAUAUCCCACACUGAGGGUGUAUUAUCCCACACUGAGGGUGUAUUAUCCCACACUGAGGGUAAUAUCCCACACUGAGGGUGAAAUAUCCCACACUGAGGGGGUAAUAUCCCACACUGAGGGUGUAUUAUCCCACACUGAGGGUGUAUUAUCCCACACUGAGGGUGUAUUAUCCCACACUGAGGGUGUAUUAUCCCACACUGAGGGUAAUAUCCCACACUGAGGGUGAAAUAUCCCACACUGAGGGGGUAAUAUCCCACACUGAGGGUGUAUUAUCCCACACUAUUAUCCCACACUGAGGGUGUAUUAUCCCACACUGAGGGUGAAAUAUCCCACACUGAGGGUGUAAUAUCCCACACUGAGGGGGUGAUAUCCCACACUGAGGGUAUGAUAUCAGGCCAGCUGUUUUUUCCACAUUGUGCUAUUCAGAGAUCAGGGACUCUCCACAUACAUAGUGUGUAGGGCAGCAGAUGGAAACCCUGCCCGGGACAAACAUGGCGGAACUAGCAACCACCGCGGAGCAUCACGGGAGAAGCUCUUACAGCCCCAUUAGUGAGCCUUGCACCUGCGGUUGCUCAGGAAAACAUUAGUGUGCGUGACGUCACCGCGACCUCUGGUAGCCCCGCCUCCCGCGUCUGUGCGGACGCAGCGUCCCUCCUCUCUCUUACUGCCGGCGCCAUCUUGAUUGCCUCGUGCUGGUGCGAAGCUGCUCAGUCAGGUGAGUUCCUCUCCCGGGUCCGCUCCGGGUCCUCCCCUGUCCGUCAUCACACCGGCCGGGGCUCCGCGGGCUCUGCGUUACCGGAGGGAGAGAGGGAGGGAUGGGGAGCCCGGGCACGGAGCCUGCUGGGAGAUCGCCGGGGCCUCGGUCUGGCUUCAUAUCACAGGGCGCUCAGUAUUGUACCCUAUCCGGCCAUCCCCGCGCUCUAUCCCCGGGUACUAACCGGCCAUCCCCGCGCUCUAUCCCCGGGUACUAUCCGGCCAUCCCCGCGCCCUAUCCCCGGGUACUAUCCGGCCAUCCCCGCGCCCUAUCCCCGGGUACUAUCCGGCCAUCCCCGUGCCCUAUCCCCGGGUACUAACCGGCCAUCCCCGCGCCCUAUCCCCGGGUACUAACCGGCCAUCCCCGCGCCCUAUCCCCGGGUACUAACCGGCCAUCCCCGUGCCCUAUCCCCGGGUACUAACCGGCCAUCCCCGUGCCCUAUCCCCGGGUACUAACCGGCCAUCCCCGCGCCCUAUCCCCGGGUACUAACCGGCCAUCCCCGUGCCCUGUCCCCGGGUACUGACCGGCCAUCCCCGUGCCCUGUCCCCGGGUACUGACCGGCCAUCCCCGUGCCCUGUCCCCGGGUACUGACCGGCCAUCCCCGUGCCCUGUCCCCGGGUACUGACCGGCCAUCCCCGUGCCCUGUCCCCGGGUACUGACCGGCCAUCCCCGUGCCCUGUCCCCGGGUACUGACCGGCCAUCCCCGUGCCCUGUCCCCGGGUACUGACCGGCCAUCCCCGCGCCCUGUCCCCGGGUACUGACCGGCCAUCCCCGUGCCCUGUCCCCGGGUACUGACCGGCCAUCCCCGCGCCCUGUCCCCGGGAGUACUGACCGGCCACCGGCGCGCCCUGUCCCCGGGAGUACUGACCGGCCACCGGCGCGCCCUGUCCCCGGGAGUACUGACCGGCCACCGGCGCGCCCUGUCCCCGGGAGUACUGACCGGCCACCGGCGCGCCCUGUCCCCGGGAGUACUGACCGGCCACCGGCGCGCCCUGUCCCCGGGAGUACUGACCGGCCACCGGCGCGCACUGUCCCCGGGAGUACUGACCGGCCACCGGCGCUUCAUCACAGAGGUACUGACGCGAUACCGGCUGGCGCCCUGUCGAGUACUGACCGACCGCACCCGGUGGCCUUCCUGUCCACGGGGUACUGACUGGAAGCCACCCGGCUGGCGCAGCCUAUCCCGGGUACUGGAAGCCACCGGCGCGCUCUGUCCCCGGGAGUACUGACCGGCCAUCGGUGGGAAUAUGAAGUACUAUAGAUAAUGAUCUGCACAAAGUAAUGUGGAAUUGCAACAUGAAUGCAGCGAAACUGCAUAGGUUACUUUCCUGAUUAUAUAUCCAUUUAUGGUUGACUAGGCUCAUUUAAAUUUUAAUUUUGUUCUACAUUAUAUAAUAUAAUCUGGGACAUUCAAUUUUAAUUUUGUUUAAUAUUGCAAGUUUUGUUUUUUUAAAUAACAUUUUGGCUUAAAAUUUUAAAAAAUAGUCUUAGUUAAUUUACAGUUGAAAAGCUCAGUUUUCCUAACCUUGAGAUCUGGGAAAACUGGUACUUCAUACCAUCUACCUCUCCAGUGUUUGUGAAAUUAGUGUGUAUAUAUAUAUAUAUCUAUCUCUUUAUUGAGCCAGAACUCGAGGAUUCUUAUGAAAUAAUUUAUUUAUUGAAAUCCAUACUUACAUAAAGUUGGUGUUUCAGUUCUGUCAUUUGAGGUGCAUUUGCACAGCUCGCAAUGCUGCUAUGGUCUAUCAGGUGUCCCAGUGGAACUUCAGGUAUCUACUGGUGCAAAAAGUAGUCUAGUGACCUCAGAUAACUUCCUCCCAGCACUUAUGAUUGGAAAUCUGCACUGAAGUAGAGCAGACUGCAGCAGCUAUAGCAGAUCCUGCCUGGUACCCACUGACCUCAGAGAAGCCAGCCACACUGCUAGAUAUACAGAGCUGCAGAAUAAUACACCAGGACUCGACAAAAUCCAUGUCUCAAUGGAGACUAGAAUUUUCAUCCUGGGAUUUGUUAGCUCUUUAGCGAAGGAGCAGUAAUCUUCCUGCAGUUCCUCUCCGCUCCAUCGCACACAGUUUUGCAAUGCCGGGAGCUGGAAUAUGACGUCACUACAGAGUACGCACAAUGGGGUAGAGAGGAACUGCAGAUCGAUUAGAGUGCAGUGGAAAGGAUCCACUCAGCUCUCCCAAUGGUAGGAAGGCUGGGUGGAUUUAAAUUAAAGAUGUCAGGUUUUUGAGUGUGUGAGAAAAUGUGUUUAGGUACCUGUCCCCUCCGAUCGCAUGAGAAAUCUGUUUUUACUCCCUAUUUUUUUUCCCCCUGCUUCAGUGGCUGGGAUCAUCAGUCUUUAUGAUCUCUGCUAAGCCAAUGAUUUCCCAUAGGAAAGCACUGGAAGGAUAUUGAGCAUGCGUAGCAAAAUGCGGCAUAAAUCAGCAUCUCCUUAUAGAGACAUGUUGAAUCAGUGCAUCUCUAUAGGGGAACAUUCAGCUCCUCUACUUAGAGCAUGGAGACGCUGAACGUAUGUGCACUGUGCAGCAGUGGACUAUGAAUCACCUCUAGUGGCCGUCUGAGUGAGUGCCACUAGAGGUAUUACUAGGAAGCAAUGUAAACACUGCUUUUUUUUUUUCUCUGAAAAGCCAGCAGGGACAGACUACAUUAAGCUGUAGGGUUUCUGGUGACUAGAGUUUCUUUAAGAAUUGCAGUUUUCUUGUUGAAAAUUAAACUGUUAGUUUAAUAAAAUAAAAGCUGUUGCUUAGAUUCCAAACAAAUUUGUCAAGCCUUGUCAUGCACAAAACCACAAACUACUCAUGAACAUAUACAAUGUAACAGCCCACAUACACACAAAUACAACACAGCCAAGCAAUUGCAACAACCAUACCUAACACAAGCUGAAUAUGGCAACAUACACACUUCUUUUUAAAAAAAAAAAAAAGGGUCCAGCAUGCCAAGGGACUUCAAGAUAGGGGGAGGGUUUAGAAUGAAUAAAGGGGGCUAUUUUGAGUGCAAGGUGUUCAAUGUUAAGUGAUGUUCUAAUGGUUCCCAUUGUUAUUGCACCAAAUCAGUCAUGUAGGGCACGUAAAGGAAAAUACGUAUUCCUGGCACUAUGGUGGUUAGAUAGGUAUUUAGGUUAAGACCCUCUUUUAAAAACAUGACUUUUUACUCACCUUAAUGGCUGAGAUCAUCAUAUUUGACGACCCAGAAGUCCCUCUAGACAGCCACUAGAGGUGGAGUAAACCCUGGUAGGUAAUUAUUGCAGUGUAUUAAAAACUGCAAUAAAUACAACUUCAGAGUUAAUGGACCUGGGACCCUGCAUCCAGACCAUUUUAAUGAGCUGAAGUGGUCUGUAGUGUCCAUUUUAGGGCCAUGACAACUAUAACGUUCUGUAGUCAUGGUGCUGGCCAGAUUCAGGUCACUUACUCUAUUGAGACUGGAAGCUAAUCAUAAGAGCUUUUACCUUUCCAAAAUAUGUCAUGCAGUGCCAGCUGAUUGUUUUAGUGCUGUACAGAGAGCUUCUGGCUAUCAGAAGACGUGACUGGCACACCAGAUAAGUUGUUAGGCUGUUUGCAAUUGCCGGGACACGAUAGGUACCCAGGCCACUUCAUCUCAUUGAAUUCUGGGAGCAAUGUCCCUGUUCCCAUUUGUCCUGAAAUGUAAUAAAUUGCAGUUAUUGAGAACAUUGUCUUUAGUGACUGGCUUCCUGAUAGCCACUUGAGGCACAUCGUGGAUUUUAACGAAGUCUGACUCCCUUGCACUGCAUGCGGACAUCCAGCUUCAGUGAAAUUCCCAUAGGAGAAAAUGGAGUAAAUGCUUUCCUAAGGGGAUGUCCUAAUGCACGAGCGGCACUCUCUGCGCAUGCACAUUCUGGCCCCCCAUCAGAUGACGUUGGCGGACCCAGCUCCGAGGGAAAUCAGUGCUGGAAUCAGAUGAAUAAAGGGUUUUUAAUCCUUUGUGCCACUGGGAGUAGCGACACUAUAGUGUUAGGAAUAUAGCUUUGUAUUUCAAACACUAUAUUUGGAAAGGGUGCCAAGCACCAUAAGCGCUACAGAAUGCUGUAGUGUUUAUGGUACUUCGAGUGUACCUUUCACGCAUAAAUAUAUUGUUGGAGUUAUACAAGUUUAGACUGAUUUUAUGUAAUUUAUCCCUGCAUCCUUCAUCUAGUUUACAAAUAUCCUUUGUAUAUCUUAGAUCAGUGUGCAUCCUUGACAAUGUUGUGCCCUAAUAGAUUGUUUGGUUUCAGUUAACUCUGAUUACAUUAGUUUACUUCUGUGUCCAUCAUCCUUAUGAGAAACAGACCACAAGUUGAUCAUACUGUAUUGUACCACAGCAAUAGGGGAUUUGCAAAACUGUUCAUUGAUGAACUUAAAAUUCUUUCAUGGUUAAAGUUGCAAGUAACUGUGCUGGGUUUUCACUGUGUAUUGCUUUUUUUUUUGUUUCAGACUCAUCAUGAAUCAAGAAAAACUCGCAAAGCUGCAGGCACAAGUCCGAAUAGGGGGCAAGGUUAGUGUCGAUUUUAACGUACUCCCCUGAAAAAGUAAGCUAGCAGCCUCUUUCUUUUAAUAGAAAAGUAUAAUUCUCUUGAAUAAAUGGAGUUCAGUAACAUUUAUUUUUCAUUUCUGUGCUCACGCUCUACGUGAGGACAUUGAGUGUUUGUAAAAUCCGAAUAAGAAAGCAUUAACUUAGUGCUUUUCCAAGGGGAGGGCCUAACACGCUCGCAGUGCAUGCUCAUUAGGUCUCACUUCGGAGCAGGUGGAAUGUCGAGGGUCCGCUAGGGAGGGAUUAUACCAAGGGGCACCAUAGUGUUAGGAAUAAGUCAUAUUUCUGACACUAUAUAGAAUCCCUUUCAAGAUGCAUUUGUAGUGCUGCAGAUUUUUCUUUACUGCAAAAAUAAAUAGGGAAAUGUAUUUAACACUGAAUAUUUACUGUCCCAUUUCUAUGGCAGGGGUCACGCAGUCCCACAAUGGCAAAAUUAGCCACUGUGGCUGUUGCCUCUAGUUUUGUGUAAUAUAUAUUAAGAGAAAAAGUACAAUCAUCUGUCUUGCAAGUUUUCCUAAGCUCCAGACAUGAUUUAUGAUAGUGGUUGUUGGGCACUCCAACUUAAUCCCUGAUCUAACUAAAGAGACCUGACUACUGAUACUCUCUGCCAAUUGAAAACAUUCAGAGGGGCACAAAAUUGAUAGUGAUAAUGCAAAGUAUGAAUUUCUGCAUUAGCGUAUCAGUGCAGACUAGGGUAGUGGGUAGCUGACAGAGCCAGGUAAGUGUCAAACACUGGUCAUAAACAAUUUGACAACAUAUUGUGGGGCUCCUGGCCAUAACCACUACAGUGCACUAUAAUGGUAAAAUUGCUUAGCGUGCCCUUUAAGCAAAUUAAUUCCUAAUUAGCCUUCCUGUUCUGUUUGGAUUGUCCUUCUAGCACAAAGUAUCGAGGAUUGCUCUGUAUGCUCUGCUGCUGUAAUUUAACAUCUUUAAUGGCCUUAUGCUGCUGUUGGCAUGGGCAGUAUGUCUUCAUAAUUGCAUGUCGGCACACUGUACUCCACAGUAGCAGGAGCUUUAGAAACAUUCUCUAACACUUGUGAUCUAUAACAGUGUACAAAAUAUAUUCCAUUAACCUUAAACUCUAACUUGGAAAUUACAUUGUGUUCUGCUCUCCAGGGUACAGCCCGCAGAAAGAAGAAGGUUGUACACAGGACAGCAACUGCUGAUGACAAAAAACUUCAGAGUUCUCUGAAGAAACUAGCAGUAAAUAAUAUUGCUGGCAUCGAGGAGGUAAGGCUUCUUAUUAUAUGAAUUUAUCGCAUUCAUAUCACCAGCAUGUUCUGCAGUGCUGUUCAGGUAGGUUAUUUUUAGUGGACAUCAGUUUUGUGACAAAUUUUUUCAAAAAUGACAUUUUUAGAUUUUGCUUUGUUACACCGCAGUUGUCAUUCGCGCUGUUAAUCUGUGGUCAUGAGGGGGUAACGCAGGAGGGAUUGCAGGAACAUAUAAAUGAAAUACAGAUGAAAAUAAAGAACUUUGUUAGUGUUGAAUAAAAGAAAGUGUCUGUAAUAAUGAAGUGCCAUUAGCAUGACCAUUGGUGGAGCUUUUUUUAAAAAAAAUAUUUAGUCACCAAAGUAAGAAUUGUCAUGAAUAUUGCCAAAGUAACCCAAUUUGAAGACCGUAUGCUGUGCUUUCAGUUUGGCUACCUUUCCUGAUAAUAGUUAUUCACUAAAGUGAAAAUGAAUUUGUUGAGUAUAUCGGCUAGUUAGAUCCGCCAUUUAACUGGCAAAUUGUAACUGCAGAACAGCAAUGUUUUUACAUUACAGGGUUAAAACAAGUUGGACAUGGCACCAAGACCAGUUUGUGAGAUGAAGUGGUCUGGGUGCCUAAAGUGUCUUUUUAAAGACCAUUUUUGAGAUUUGGCACCUCAGAUAAUUAGUGUUGUCUCUGAGGAACUUUAAAAAAAAAAAAAAAAAAAAAGUAAGACAAGCCAAAAAGGUGCAUGCAAUGCAACUAUGGUGUACUGCAAAAUAGGUGCAUGUUCCUGUCCUUUGGUGUACAGAUCAAGUGAGCAGUAACCCAGGGAGGCGGAGAAGCAGCAGUAAAAAAUAUAUAUCUAUCUUAAAUAUGUAAAUAUAUAUUUAUUUCAUUUAUAUUCUACUCCCACCUUUUCCCCCCGCUAAUGGUCAUUUCUCAUUUGAUCUUUGAAUAACAUAUAUAUUUUAUGUCUUUCCCUUAUCAGUUAUUUCUUUUUAUUUAGUUGUUUUUUUUUGUGGUGCCACAUGGAUUGUCAGCCCUUGUAGUGCAGUGAUAUUCAUUGCUACUGUACAACUGUUAGGUACUACACUCCUCUCUAAAUAGUUUUUUUUUUUUUUUUUUUAACCCCUCGUAUAUUGUUCUUUAUAAUAAAACGUAUAAAUCUUUUGAAAUAAUCAGAUGUUGCCCUGUGUAGAUUGCUAGUCUGUGUGUUUCAUUUUACACCCAAGUGGUCAUAGCAGAAAUGCAACAAUCCUUUAUUUGGAAACCAUAAAAAUAUAUUUUUCUGUUGUGUAUUAGAACAAGAGGGCUUUUUUUUUUCCCGAUGAGAGGAAUGUGGAAGCGGCAGAGUAGUAGCCAUCAGGAAUAGUUUUCCUUAAUUAAAGCUAUCUCCGUAAAGACAUUCAUAUGCACACACAUUAAGGGUGCUUAUUAUCCACCUUCAGAAACCUUUUGUAGAUUGAAUAGUUUGCAUCACUGUAAAUGUGUCGAGGGGUUUGGAAUAAAAUACUGCUGAAGAGGUAACUGUGCCAGGGUUAUUUUUAGUCCUAGCAAAGCAUGGUUUAAAGUUGUCAUUAGAUGUUCGACCUUCACAGGCCUUAUGUCCCACAAUGUGUCACCAUUGGGUGUACCUAGUCAUGUUUAGUAGACCAAUUUCUUUCCACUGUUAUUUGUCUUGUUCAUAAAUCUUUCUGUGAUCAUUUAGGGUGAGUGCCAAUUCCUUAACCGCAAUUCCCAUAAAGAGCUGCAAAGUUGUAGAUAAUUCUUUAAAGAUUAUUAAUGGUUAACCUUUUGACACUACAGCUGUUACUAUGCAUAUUGUAUUUCGCUCUAUACAGUUGGCUGAAGCAGCUCAGUCAUCAAAUUACAUUCACACACAGACACAACCAUUAUUGGCCCCAGUGCAAGUUACCUUUUUUCUGUAAUGUCCCGCUGGGUCUUCAUUCACAAUGCCACCAUCUAAGCAGAAUGCCUGCCUAAUGGCGCGUUCCUAUGAAGGACCUGCUGCAGCUCCCUUAGACCUGUAAUGACUUUCUGGAUUGCGUGAGAGUCAGCACAGAGGACCCAUGAUGCUCAAAAAAACUAGUGUGCUGUAAUUACUAGUUUCUAAAUAUAUUUUCACACCCAUAAUUCCAAUUAACAAAAUCACAAAAACAGUGCUUAAUAAAAUGGUGAAUCUCAAUGAACACGGAGAGCACUUAGCUAUAAAGUCACCCGAACCUCUAUAAAAAGACUUCAAAAGUAUACAUGUACUAUAACAAGACCCUACCCUCGCUGCCAAUACUUGCAAUAGCUGUCGGAAUUGAGAAAAGCUGAUGGUGUAAGCUACACUUUUUAUCAGCCUGGUCUUUGCCCAUAAGACAAGGUAGUACUGUCUUUCUUAUAUCUUGAUUGCAGUGCAAUUUCCAUGAACUCACAGCAGUUAUGAGUAUUUCAUAAAGACACUCUUUAUAAAUUGCUGAAAAUUAACAGACCCACUUUUAGCUGAAAACCACUCUGGUCCAUGGUGCUAAUGUUGAAUUCAACAUAGACUUAUUAUCCACAAGUUAUUAUACAGGAGUCUUGUAGACUUUGUGGUGCUUUCUGUAUUAUAUUGAACAAAAAUUUACUACACGUAGAGUUCCUAGUUGUUCUGCGAUCUGCCUAUAAGAGAUGUUGGCAGUUACAUUUGUCCCUUUUUAUAAUGUUGCAUGUUUUCUCUUUCUAAAGGUGAACAUGAUAAAAGAUGAUGGCACAGUUAUCCAUUUCAACAAUCCCAAGGUCCAAGCUUCCCUCUCAGCAAACACAUUUGCAAUCACCGGCCACGCAGAAGUUAAACAGAUCACAGAAAUGCUCCCAGGGAUCCUGAGCCAGCUGGGCGCUGACAGUCUCACAAGUCUCCGCAAGUUAGCAGAACAGUUCCCCAGGCAGGGUGAGUAUCCCAUUUUUAGUCUGUCAGCUGAAUUUAGGCAGGUUUGCUUUUCGAUGUGCAAUACCGUCUGUCUUCUCCAAAGUUUAACCAAGCACAACGUGUCAAAGUUUUCUUUCAACAAAACUUGUGUUUUAAUUUAGUCUGUAUCUACCUUAGCCUGCCGAAUGCAUAGCACCAGCUUGCAUCUGACGUCUAUUCCAUUUUACGUCCUAUGUUAGGUUUUCCUACUCUGCAUGUACACAUCUCCCAUUAAUCCUGUUAUAGGACACUCCUGCUUUCUCUUGUCACAGUUCUUAUUAUGGAAUUGAAUCAGAGUAAAUAUCUUUAAAUUACAUUUUUGAAAUAAAUCUCUUCUAAUAUAUGCUAGGUAUUCUAUUCACAUGUAAUUUUUACGAUCUCACUUAAAGAAAAAUGGUGUACCACACCUGAAUUCUUUGCACAGUAUGAUACGGGUUGUGUAUAUUAUUUUUGUUGUAUGCCUGACUCAUAUGAGCUGCGAAACAAUAUAAGCAUGUCCAUAGCUUUCUAGACAUGGGAGUGCUGCACUGUGUGUUUUAUAAUUCUUCAACUUUACACAUCAGUAAAUAAUUCAAUAGCUGCUAUUGAAGUAUUGAGAAACUUUUUUUUUUUUUUUUUUUUGGAGACGUAAUUCCAAUUUGAUCGCUGUGUAAGUUAAUCUGGAUAAUUUUUAACUCUCCUAUAAAACAGGAAUGUAUUAUGAAACCUGUUUAACUGCUUUUGCUACCACAGACAUGGCUUGGAGCUUAGUUGCAACAUGACUUCAUCAAAAUCGUUCUUGUUCUUUGGCGUCUGAGUGUGAUGGCAAACAAUGCCACAUCUCUUGCAUCAAGGUUAAAGCUGUUGUAAGGCACAGCCAUACUGAUCCAAAUGAAGAUUACAGCAAUCCCAAAUAGCAUGUGUCCAACAGUGUUGUGCAAAAUGACACUAAUUGUUAGCGUGACUGUUUUUUGGUUUUUUUUUUUAAUCUAUAGUAGGUUUUUUUUUUUGGUUUUUUUUUUACAUUUUAUGCCACUGGCAUGACAUAAAUAUCAGUAGUGCUUUUUAGUGAGAUCCGUGUGAAUCCCCACAUGUGAUGCGACCCAGAAAUGAACUUCAGUUGACUGUUUUUCAUCUAUUCAUUUGUGAAUGAGUAGAGGGUGGAAAUGCACGCUAAAGAUUCUAAUCACAUUCUUUUGCUAACAGUGUUGGCGCUGCACAGAGAUCAGUUUAUUUUUGAUGAGAUGUCAUGGUAUUUUGUGGUUUUAAAAUAACUCCUUGCUCCUGGGGAAGUCUUGGCAUUACAGCUAUGGCUAUGUGUAGAAGUUGUUAGAGACAUGGCUGUAAUUCGGUGACUAUGCUACAACUGAGAUGUGCUAACAAUUCUCCAGGUCCUGAGCUGUGAGGCUUUUUUUUAUUUUUAUUUUUGUGUGUGUAAAAACUUUUUUUCUCUCUGCAGUGUUGGAUAGUAAAGCGCCUAAACCAGAGGACAUAGAGGAGGAAGAUGAUGAUGUUCCUGGUAAGUUUCUUUCUUUUUAAAAAUAAUAAUUCAAAUUGUGGGUACUGCCAAGUAACUGUUUCUGCAAAGGAGAUAUUGGGUUAAUGUAGAACGUACAAUAAGCUUUUUUUUUUUUUGUAAAAAGCAGAGACUGAAAAUCUUUGCGGUUCAUUAAUUGCUAUUUAGAAAAGUGUGUGAAAUUUCAGUCAGUUAAAAUGUUUGAACUGCUAAAUGUUUAGCAUUAAGGAUUUAAAACAUUUAAGUGAUGCCUGGACCUUGUUGGUUCUUGAUAAAUACGAAUACCAUUUAGAGUACUUAAGUCUGUUUUUAUGUUUUCAUUAGCUUCUUGAUAAGUGGUAAGAGUAUAAUUUGGGUUUGAGUUCUUCCUUUAGAUCCAUAGGCACGUGGUGUUUUAACUUCCCCAGCCUGAAUUCGUUUACUAAUCUAUCCCACCAUGGGCCGAUGCAUACAUUGUUUUCAGGGUUUUUUCUUUCCUCUGAGUGCUUUUGUUUUAUCUUUACAGAACUUGUAGAAAAUUUUGAUGAAGCUUCCAAGAAUGAAGCAAAUUGA